AGAUUCUGCAGCCAGAAGGAAAAUGGGAUCUUAUUUUCAACAUUUGGUUAGGUUAAGUACAAUAAUAUUGGAUAUUUCUGCUGACUGAAUACCAAUCCUACUUGCGUAGUUUUGCCGAAUUCUAGAUUUACGUUUUGCUUUUCUAGUAUGGAGAAGUUUUUGGAUCACAGAAUUUUGCUGAUAGUAAUUUCAUUUUUAACAAGUCUGCAGAGUACAAAGCUACUGUCAGAGUGGAAAAAGUGUGGCGAUCAGGAAUGUGAAACUGCAAUGAGCAGAGUCCAAGGCACUAAAGACUACGUAGGGCCUGACUGCCGAUAUCUGAAAUUCAAAAUGGGGGAAGAGAUAAUCGUAUACUCCAAACUUUCAAGAAAAAGGGAAGAUUUGUGGGCAGGAAGUAAAGGGAAGGAUUUUGGAUAUUUCCCAAAGAAUGCAGUUCAAACUGAAGACGUUUUUAUUAUACAAGAAGUAGAAGUGCCAACUAAGGAAACUGAUUUCCUUUGUCUUGAUGGAGGUGAAUACCUUUUGGAAAAUAAAGAUAGUGUAUUGCACAAUCAUAAUGAAGAACGUGAAUAUCCAUUGCCUUACAAAGAGCCAGAAUCAAAGAUGUCCGAAGGUGAGCUCCAAAAACAGACAACUAUUUCCUUCCAGCGGGAACAUGGAAUUGAGUCAGUUCCUGAAAGUGAUGAAUUAGACAGAAAGUUCAAAGACCCUCACACUCAAAAGGAGACUGAGAGCAAUAAAUUGUUCAGAAAGAACAAGAAUGGAAAAGAUGAUGCUGUCCUGCAAGAAGCUGAAAGCAGUCACCCACUGAAACCAGCUCCUUUAGAAUCUACAUGGACUGUUUCUGGUGUUGUAGGAUGGCUUGGCCUAGGAAGUAAACAAGAUGAGGAAGCUUUUGAAACAGUGACCAAAUCUCUAGAAGAAAAUACAUUCAGAAGCAGAAAAAUAGCAAUAACUCAUGAAAGUGACAUGAAAGAAUUAACUGAUGAGGAUAAACCAGAGUCUUCUGGCUGGUUUCAGAGUAGAUUGACAGAUUUACUAAAUUUUGGUAGAGAGAAUUCAGUCCUUGGUUUGCUGUCCAAAGAAAAUAAUCCACAAAUCCAUGAUAGUUCUAGUAAUGCUGAGCAUUCUGAGUUUGAACAAAGAAAUGCAGCUGCAGAAAAAUCAACAGAAGAAAAGCAAAAAAGUCACAAUGAGGUAUCCAAAUCAAGCUGGUUUAAUUUGGGUUUAAGUGAUGUUUUAACAUUUGGGCAUGCUAAGAAAGAGAACCCUAUAACAAAAGAGGAGCAAAGCAGAGAAAUGAAGGUUGCAACAGAUAAGAAUGAAGAAAUUCAGACUUCGACCCCACAAGAAACUGAAUCUCAGAUGGACAGAGAACUGAAAAAGGAAACAGCCAAAGUAAUGAUAAGUGAAGAACAAAAUAACAAGAAGAAUAAUGUACAUGAAAUAUUAGAUUCAGACAAUAAAACACCAACUUCUGAGGAGCUGCCAGUAAAUGAAGAUAAUCCUCUCAAUUUAAAGAGCACCAAAAAUGCAGAAGAGUCAUCUUUUACUACAGAUGUUGCUGACAAAGACAAACUAAUUGAACCUCACAGUUCAGAACAAAACCCAGUAUCAGAAACUCCAGUUAUGGAAAACACUGAAGUUAAAGAGAUAACACAGGAGUCAGAAAGCAUAAAUGGCCAGUCAGGUUGGUAUGAAAAAAUAUAUAGUAACUUCAUUACAUUUAAUAGGGACACGUCAGAUAAUGAACAGGGGCAGGAAUCUGUGGUUGCUCAUGGCAUACAGGAAUCAGUUACAUCUCAGCUUCACUCUUUUCCUAGCUCACCUCAAAGCUUAGACUCCACUAUUGCUAAAAAUUCAGAAGAAGAAAAGCAUGACAGGUUUGAAGAAUCUCAAUCUUUCCUCUCAUUUAGUCAUUUUACAAACAUACUGAGCUUUCACAGUUUAAUAACCAAAGUAAAGGAAUCUGUGCAAAAUGCACAGGAGGAUUUGAACUUUAGUGGAGAACUCGCCCAAUCUGAAAAUAAUGAUGAAAUAUUACAAGGAAGUAAAGAAACUGCAGUGAAAUUACAAGCAAAUCAGAGGGUUAGUGAGACUGUGCGAGAGAAGGGAGAUGUGGCAAUGUCCCAAGAAAGUGUUCUGUUGUCUCCAUUAGCAGUGCAAGGUAAUGAACAAAGUAGUGAAAAAACGAUACAAUAUGCCAGAUUAGUAAUAUAUAACAAUACUUCACCCCUUUUAUCUGUAAAAUCCCAAUUAGAAUCUAAAAUCUCCCAAGGUCAACAUUCACAAAUAUCUAGAUAUUCAAACCCUGAGGAACCCAUUUCUGAGGGUAGUGAAAAACAGGAAUUUUCUAAUAUAAAAGAUAACAGUGAUGUCCCUAUCUCCAAAGACCAGCAGCAUGCAUCUUCAGAUUUAAAGUUAGAAAAUACAAUAGAUUCACCAGUACAACAUGAAUAUAUAACUGAAGAUUUUUAUUCUAGUGAACAGCGUGUGUUAUCAAAAGAGGAACCAAUUGAACAUAAAGAGGACAGAACGGAUAAGAAUGAAGAAAUGCAUACUUUAAACCUACAGGAAACUGAAACUUACAUAGAGAGGAAAUCACAAAGAGAAAUAGCUGAAAUGAUGCAAGAUGAAGGACAAAAUAAUCUGAAAACACAUAAACAAGAAUCAGUAGAAUUUGACACACCAAGUUCUGGGGAGUUGCCAGCAAAUUUAGAUAGUCUUCUGAACUUCAAGAAAAUCCUAAAUGAAGCUGAGUCACCUCUUACUCAAGGAAUAUCAGACAAAACCAAACUAACUGAGCUUUACAGUACAGAACAAAAUUCAGCAGCACAAAGUCAAGUAAUAGAAAACACUGAAGUAAAAGAGAUAACAGAGGAAUCAGAGAGCAAAAAUGACCAGGCAGGUUGGUAUGAAAAUAUCUCUGGCAACAUAGAUUUUAAUAUGGACAUAUCAGAUGAUCAAAAGGAGCAGGAAUCUGUAGUUUCUCAAGACACACGGGAAUCAGUUGUAGCCCAGCUUUUAUCUUCUUCCAGUUUAUCUGAGGACUUAGACACAGCUGAUAAUUCAGAGAAAGACAAGCAAAACCAGUUUGAAGAACCACAGACUGUCUUUUCUUUUAGUCAUUAUAAAAACAUACUGAGCUUCCAAUGUUUUGCAACCAAAGAUGAGCAUUCUCUGCAAAGGCUACAAGAGACUCUGAGCUUCAGUGAUGAAAAUGGCCAGACUACAAAUGGCAAAGAAAUUGAACUGAAAGGCCAAACAAAUCAGAAGAUUAAUGAACAAGUACUAGAGAAGAGUGAUGUAGACAUUUUCAAAGAAAGUGUUCUAUUUUCUCCGUUGACAGUGCAAAAUGUUGAACAAGAUAGUGAAAACACAAUGAAAGAUACUAAAUUAGUAAAAGAUAGCUCACAUCUUUCAUUUACAGAAUCCCAGUUAGAACACAGAGUAGACCCUUUAUUUACAUAUCCAAAAUGCAAGGAACCCAAUUCUAAAAGAAAUGAAAGAGAGGAAUUUUCUAAUAUAAAAGAGAAAAGUGAAGUUUCUAUUUUAGAAGAUGAGCAGCAGGUAUCUUUAGAAACAAAAAUAAAUAUAAAAGAUUUACCAGAACAACAUGGAUACUUCUGUGAAGAUUCUUAUUCUAGUCAACAAAAUAUUAUUAAAAAGGGAGUAAGGCAGGGUUACUUAGCUGAAAAUUUUUCAGAGGAUAAUGGUCAUGAACUUGGCAUUGAUCGCAUUGCUGACACAAAGAAAAUUCAAGUUUCAGACCAGUUAUCUUCUCUGGAUUUUGAUGAAUCACUAUCAAAACACCAUGUAAAUAAUGAUGUACAGGCACAACAUAUUACUUUGGAGUCUGAAGAAGAAGGAGAACUCACUGAUGAGGAAUAUACUGAAAAUUCUUCAGACAAAGGUUUGCGUGAUGUCUCACAAGAUUCCAUAAAAGAUCAUUUUUCCAGCUCAAAUGUUGAUGAUGAUGUGUUAGACAAAAUUGUAGUGAAUAGCAAAGACAUUAGUCAUUUUUCCCAAGACAGAAUAAAACAGCCAGAGAAUUUUUCACAACAUGUUUCAGAGUGUGGUGAAAAUAACCUAGAACACAGUGAGCAAAUGAUAAAAAAUUAUGAGCCAAAUAAACCCCAAAAUGAAAAGAGAGCAAAUAUUUUGGCUAACCAAGAAACAUCUUCAGUAGCUACAUCUGAGGAAAUAAUACAAAGUGAGAGUAUAAUUCUUGAGCAAGACAGUCACACAUUAAAUUAUUUUAUGUAUGGUCUGCAAAACAAAGGCAAUGAAGUUCCACAGUCUUCUAUGCCAUUUACACAGGAGCAAAUAGAUGACGAAUACAAUAAAAGAGAACAUAUUUCAAAUCCGUCUGAACAGCAUUCUGAUAAUAUUAGAAUUAGUGAUGAUUCAUUAACAGUAAAUGUUCUUGGUGAACAAGUCCUACAAGAACAAAUUAUAGCACCUGAAGCUAGUGCUGAUACUUUUUCUGAAGAGGAGCUUCAAUCUCAACAAAUUUCCAUGAAUAUGCCACACCAUAAGAAAGAGCCACUAGGUAUAGAAUUGGAUGAUUCAUCUUCCCAACAUGAGCCUCUGAUAUCAGAAUGUGGGACUGGGGAUAAUAGUAAUUCAGAUCCUGGAAAGAAAUAUAAAACUCAGAUGCUACAUAAUAAAAGAAAAGAAUCUUCCAUACCAUCAGAUUUAGAAGUACCUGAGCCCAGCAGUUCAAGUCAUCAUGAAGAUAUGGAAAGCAUAAAUACAGAAAAUGAAUCUGAAUACCAGAAAAUAUCAUCAUAUCCUCAUUCAAAUGACGAUGUAACACCAAAGUUACAGGAUGUAGCAGAAUCACAGAAAAUGUCUGAAGAAAGUUUAGUUACAACAAAAACAACUGCAGAAUCCAGUCAUAUCCUACUUAAUGAACACGAACAUUUAUUCCAAGAACAAUCUAGUGUAGUUGAAAACUCUGAAAAAAAAACCCUAGCAUUACAUUUAGAAUCUUUUGAGUCUACUGAAUUGCAAACCCAGGCACCUCUUAAAAAUCAUGGUGGCUCUAAUCCUAACAAGCCUUUGUUACAUAUUCCCCAUUAUCAUGAUUCAGCACACAGCAACAUAGAACAUGUACCUUCGCAAAGUGAGCAGGGCUUGGAAACACUCCAUUUAAAUGCUGUGAAACAUAGAGAUCUGAAUGGUAAAAGACACAUUGACAGGGAAGAUGCUCUUCCAACUGAAAACAUAAAUCAUAUAAAAAAAUUAACUACUUCUGAAAAAGCAAAAGAUAGUAAGGACAAAAGCAAAAAAGAUACUGAUGAUCAGAAAAAAACAGACUCCCAAAAUAUAAAUUAUAAAAAUGGUGUCAUGACAGCGGGGGGAGUGGCUAGUAUUUUUACAAAAACUUCACAUUUUCUUGGAAGUUUGUUUAGUAAAAAUAAUAAUGGAGACUUUAGAAUAAAUUCUGAACACAAAAGUCCUGUCCUAGACCCAAAUGAAAACAGGGAAGAUAUUAGGAUAAACCAGAUAAAGGUAGAAUUUAAUAACGUGCAAAGGAGAGAGGCUGAGUUAAAGGAAAACGAAUCUGAACAAGAGAAAGACACAAUUCAGACGGCAGAAGCUACAAAUAAUUUAAACAUAGAUAAUUUUAAAAUGCUAAAAGAUAGAUCUGAGGAAGGACAACUUGGCAUUCAGGAAAAAAAUAUUACAUCAGUAACAGGAACAAACAACAAGGAAACUGAUAAAACCAUAAUCUGGGAGACAGGGUCUAUGUCCCAGAAAACCAGGAAAGAAGGCCAAAGAUUAAUUGAAGGGGACACAGAUAUAUCCAACCCAUUCAUUGUGUACCAACAGCUUUAUUCAAAAUUGUCUCAGGAAGUGAAGCAACCUUUAAAGAGUCUAUGUGAAAAAAACAAACUCUUGGUGCUAGAGCAACAGUUUAAAAAAGUUCAGCAUGAUAUCACUACUUUUACAUGUGAAGACAGUUUCAUGCAGAAGAAACAAGUGACUGCUUCUGUGAAAGAGGAACAUAAUCUGGACAUUGACUAUGAGAAAUGUAUAAAGGAGAAAAUGAAUUUUCUUCCAGAAGUACAAGAUCUUCUGUCAGCCAUCAGAACGAAGUGUGAAGCCCAAAAUGCAGAAUCAGAUAUAUCUGAUGAGAGAAAAUUAUCAGACAAAGCUCCAAAAGAAGACCAUCACAUGCAUACAGCUUUGUAUAAAGAACGUAACAGUGGCCAACAUUCAAAAGCAAUAACAAUUGCUCCAGUGAAUGCUCAGGAGAAAAUGUACAAUUCAGCAAAAAAUGUUCAGUUAGAUGCUAAAAAACCUUUAUCACAGAUCUUUUUCCUGAUUCAAAACUACAUUCCCAAUAAUGAAGAAGACUGGAUAUAUCAGAUUCUCCUGCAUUUUGAUUGUCUUGAUGUUGGUGACUUUGUAAAAUCUGUAUUUUCAGCAGUGGCAACUGUUAGCAAAAAGGUUGUGACAGCGUUGCCUGAAGAUAUGAGACCUGGUCCUGAUCUUUAUGGUUUCCCAUGGGAAAUAGUGAUUUGUGCUGCAGUUGUUGGAGUUUUUACAGUCUUACUGUUUCUGUGUAGGAGUUAUCAAUCAGUUAGAAGCAGAUUUUAUGUAGGAAGGGAAAAACAGCUUGCCAGUAAAGUUGCUGAACUAAUUGAAGACAAAUGCAAAGUUCUUGAAAAACUUAGUCUCCAGAAGAAAGAGUACGAAGACUUAGAAUCAUCUCUAAAGGAUGCCAGUCUUCUGAAAGAGUCAACAAAUACAUCACAUAUUGAGGCAACCUGUGAAAAACUGAACAGGUCAAACACUGCACUCAAGGAUGAAAUAGAGAAUUUAGAAAAAGAGCUAGAAGAAGAGAAGUCUAAGCGAUCAGAACAGGAUGACUUGAUGGCGGAAAUACAGAGAAGAAUGGAGUCUUUAGAAAGUGAAGCAAAAUCUAUCCAGUCACAAGUGGCAGAAGCCAAGACCACAUUAAAAGUAUUUCACAUUAAUAAAGAGAGACUUGAGACGUCUGUCCAAGAUGCAAUACAGGAAAACUGUCAUCUUCAGGAAAGCGAGAAACAGCUGUUACAAGAGGCUGAAGGAUGGGGUGAACGAUUUAGUGAAUUAAAUGAACAAACAAAAAUCUUUGAAUUAUCUAAAGCAGAUAUGGAGGAAGCUCUGAAAAACAAGGAAAGUCAAGUCAAGUCAUUGACAGAAUGUUUAUUGAAGAUGAAAGACUGGAGCACAGCAAUAGGAGAAGACAACACUGAAGAUAACCACUGGGAUGUUGAUAUAACAGAAAAUGGUGAGCUUUUAGAUGAUCAGCAGAAACGAACUAUAAAGAAGUUGAUCUAUGCUGCUAAGUUAAAUGCUUGUUUAAAAACUCUGGAAGUAGAAAGAAAUCAAGUAUAUUUAAAACUGGCAGAUGAAGAUAAAGCUAAAGAAGAACUUACAGAACGCAUUGAAAACCUCCAACGUGAGCAAGUCUCCUUGCAGUCUGAAAAUGCACAUUUUGAAAGUGAACUUCAAAAGCUUCAACAAAAGCUUAAAGUAAUGACAGAGCUAUAUCAAGAAAAUGAAAUGAAAUUACACAGGAAACUAACAGUAGAGGAGAGAGAGCGGUUACAGAAAGAAGAAAAACUCUCUAAAGUAGAUGAGAAAAUUAAUCAUGCUGCAGAAGAACUAAACAGUUACAGACAACGAGCAAAAGAUCUAGAAGAAGAGCUAGACAGAACCAUUCAUUCUUAUCAGAGUCAGAUUACUUCACAUGAGAAAAAAGCUCACGAUAACUGGCUGACAGCCCGGGCAGCGGAAAGACAUCUUAAUGAUCUGAGAAAAGAAAAUGCACACAACAGACAAAAAUUAACUGAAAUGGAAUUUAGAUUUGACCUUUUAGAAAAAGAUCCUCACGCUCUUGAUGUCCCAGUUAGACCAUUUGGCAGAGAGCAUUCUCCAUAUGGACCCUCACCCAUGGGCCGGCCUUCAUCUGAAACAAGAGCUUUUCUUUCCCCGCCAACCUUAUUGGAGGGCCCUUUAAGACUUUCACCUAUGCUUCCAGGUGGUGGAGGAAGAGGAUCAAGAGGAGCAGGGAACCCUGCCAUGUAUGAAGCUGCUAAUGAAAGAGGAGAAUUGAGCUCUGACAGGUUAUCUGAUCCCCACAGAGCACCUUCAGACACUGGGUCCCUAUCACCUCCAUGGGAUAGAGAUCGUAGGAUAAUGCUGCCAUCAUCAGGUCAGCCAUAUAAUGAUCCAACUCUCCCCCCUCGAAGACAAGAAAGACUUUAUUCUAAUCCUCCAAACUCAGGAAGACUUUCUGGACCAGCAGAACUACGAAGUUAUAACAUGCAGUCUUUUGAUAAAGCAGAUGGGCAAGCGUCUCCAGAAAAUAGUUCGAGGACAGAGCCCAGUGGAAAUGAAACUAAAGACUAUCCCAGUUUUAGUAAUUUCCUAACUGUGUCUGAUCAGUCACUCGCCUCUGAAAGUGAAGCAAUUGGAUCAGGGUUCGCUCCCCCACCUCUCCCUCCACCGAGAGCUCCACUGCUGCCUGUGGAUCCUAGAGGAGCUUUUAUAAGAAGAGGACCUCCUUUCCCACCUCCUCCUCCUAUUGGCAUGUAUGGACCUCGUGAAUAUUUUCCAAGGGAUUUUGUGGGUCUACCACGUCCUGCCUUGGCAAUGAGAAAUCCAUUUCCAGUGAGGCCUUUUUCUCAAUAUCCACCACAAAGAACUGGAUCUUUUCUGCCUCCUCCGCCUUCACUUGAAAAUAGGAGUGAGCCUCCUGCAUUAAUUCAUCUAUCAAAUACUCCAGCUACAGGACAUCCAGAGCCACAGCAAGACACCUGAUGCUGUUGUCUGACAUCUUGGAAAUUAACCUGAUGUACUCUUUCUAUACCUGUAAAAUCAUCUUCAGUUAAGUAACUGCUGUUACUUAAGGGAUUCUAUAUAAAUACUUUGCUCAAAUUGAAGCUUAAUAGAAUGAUUCUCAGGAUAGUGUUUUGUAAAUAAGGAUAAAUUAAAUAGUUUCCAUUGUACAGUAGUCAUAUUUUAAAUUAAGUAUUUUUAAUUUGAGUCACCUGUUCUGAAGGUGUACUAAACUAGAGUAAUGUUGAAAACAGUCGAGCUGUUGUCUCCUCUGCACAGGAAAACUCUGCAUGCAAAGAGCAGUGCUUGCUGUAGGAGUAAGAAAAAAAAGUGAAAACAACAAAUGUUUGAAUUAAUAAAAUGCAGUCACUUUACAAA